AUGGAGGCUGAGAAGUCCCAUGAUCUGCCGUCUGCCACCUGGAGGCCCAGGGAAGCUGGUGGUGUAGUUCCAAUCCAAGCCCAAACGCCUGAGAACCAAGGGAGCCAAUGGUAUAAGUCCCAGUUCGAGUCCAAAGGCACGAGGCCCAGGAGCCCUGAUGUUGGAGGACAGGAGAAGAUGGAUGUCCAAGCUCAGGAAAAGAGGACAGCCUCUGCCAUGGCCUGA